AUGUCGCUGGUUGACUAUAUCGAUUCAGGUGAUGAUCAAAAUUCUAUCGAAGUCGUUUCGAAUUAUGAUGAAAAAGAUAAUGAUCUUAUUGAUAUGACGAAAAACUUAAUGUUUACUUCUGAUGGUGAUUCAGAUAGUAAUAGUGAUUCAGGUUUUGAUGGUAAACCGAUUAAUGGUAUUGGUGGUGAAGAUGCUAAUAUUCGUUCAACAAGAACCAUUAUUGAUAUUCAUCAUGUAGUACCUAUCGAUAAUGAAAUUCAUUCUUCAUCGAAAUCAGAUCAUAGUAAUAUAUCCAAUAUUCGCAAGAAUACGAAAGAUUUGAAACGUAAACGUCGUUGUUGGUCAGUUGAAAAGAAACUAGAAAUCCUACACGAAUUGAAAUCGAAUCGAAAUAAACGUGGCACAGCUUCAGCAAAUGAUUGUUCACCUGCUCAACUUCGAAAAUGGUUAUUGAAUGAGAAUAAAUUAGUUGCCAUACUCAAAUCAAAAAAUGGUGAGUUUUCAAUCUGUUUGAUUAAUUCGACAGAAAUUUCAUCGAGUAUUGAUAAAAUGAGAUAAUUGACUAUAACAUACUAAUA